GACGCGCCGGAGAGGCCGGAACUUGAAGGGCGGGGCUUGUGGGAGUGCCGACCAAGGCGGGUCAGCUCCCUAAGCUACCUGGGUAAGGCCCAAAAUGGCUUCUCUUACUGUUACUGUCGUGUGAGUCCCGCCUGGGACUGUAACCUGUGUCGUGUCUUUGACAUUUACACCUGCUUCCCCUUUUUUCGGCUGCUUUGCUAUCCCUACUGAGGUGAACAGGCUAGAGUAAUGGCAGGGUGUGUCCCUUGGGCGGCAAGUAGGAGACUAUGGGGCUGGAUGCCCUCGGCAUGCAGAAGCUUCUCUCUGGGUGUCCCACAAUUGGCCCAUGUAAGGCUUACUCUUCCGCCUCCCAAAGUGGUUGACCGCUGGAACGAGAAGAGGGCUCUGUUUGGUGUAUACGACAACAUUGGAAUCCUGGGGAAUUUCGAAAAGCAUCCAAAAGAACUGAUCAAGGGCCCAGUAUGGCUUCGAGGCUGGAGAGGAAAUGAAUUGCAGCGUUGUAUCCGAAAGAAGAAAAUGGUGGGAAACAGAAUGUUCAUUGAGGACCUGCACAAUCUUAACAAACGGAUCAGCUAUCUCUACAAACACUUUAACCGACACGGGAAGUACAGAUAGGACAGGAAAUGGGGAGCUGCAGAUACAUUUGUCAUCCUGGAGGAGGGGAACAGGACUGAUCCUGGCAAGGAAAGAGCUUUGUGUGCUCUCUAAUAAAAAUGGGACUUCUCUGGAAUCCACUAUGCAGUGUUACAUUUACUCA